UUAGUUAACUUUAUUGAGCUAACCUUAUCAUCAUUUUUUCUUUCGUUAACAUCGCGAAAAUUCUAGCAUUAUCUUGGUGUGUGAUGAUGGUAGAGAUAUUUCAAAUAUUCAAAUGUUUCUAUAAUCAUUAUUAAACACACAUAGUGAUAGUUGGAUGUGCGAUGUCGAUUACGAAAAUCGUUAUUUUAAAAUUUUAAUUGCUAAGAGAAAGAACUGCAAAAACUAAAAUAUUUAAACUAAAUAUCGCAAUGCCCCAAGGACGUCGAAAAUUGCCUUUCAGCGGUAAACAAAAGAAACAACAAAUCCAAGAAAAAAGGAAGAGAAAACAACUUAACGCUGCAUCUGGGUCUGAAUAUAACUAUGAAAGAGCUGAAGGGAAUGUCAGACCUCCCAAAGAAAGAUUGCCCGAAUUCAAUGUACAGAGUAUCAAUCAACAGCCAUUACAUCGUGGUGGUAAAUCUAACCCUAAUCAGUAUGUGUUACAAUUUCGGCGAGAGACUGAAGAAGAAAUAAAGAAAAGAAAAGAAGAUGCAAGAAAGCAAAUUAUUCCCGUUUCUGAAGAAGAACUUGAGUUUGAUCCUGCUCCUUAUUUUUGUGGCAAUGAGCUUGGUUUUCCAGUACGACCUAAAUGGAGUCCAGAUAUGACUAGAGAACAGUUAGAUAGUCGUGAAUAUGGUUAUUUCAAAGAGUAUUUACUAACACUGAAAAAAAGAAGUGAUUGGGACGAGUUAAGUUAUUUUGAGUUGAACUUGGAAACUUGGCGACAAAUGUGGCGUGUUAUGGAAAUGUCAGACAUUAUUGUAUGGAUAGCUGAUGCUCGUUAUCCAGCUGUCCCUACAUAUUUGUUUACAUACGUAUUAAAAGUUUUAAAAAAGAGUUUAAUUAUAAUUCUAAAUAAAAUGGAUUUAGUGCCAUCAUCUAUAGGUUUGGCUUGGAAACAUAAAAUUACACAAACAUAUAAUUUAGAUGAUGACGACAAAGCCAAAGUUCAUGUAUUGUUUUUUACUUCUUACAAAAACAGUUCAGAAUUUAAAGAAGGUGUUCAGAAAAUAAAACCUAGAGGUAAAUUAAAGAUGGCUGCAGAAGCUGCAGAAAAUUUGUUGAAAGAAUGUAAAAGUAUAAUAGAAAAAUAUCAAGCAAAGAUUGAUUUACAGAGCUGGGAAAAUAAAAUUUCUGAAGAAAAAGAAUUAGAAUAUGAUAAUGAAGAAGAUGUUGAAGUUGAAGAAAAAAUUACUGCUGUUCCUGAAACGAGUUAUGAACAUUUUGAUUUAUUUCAAAAUAGUUAUCUUACAAUUGGCUUAUUAGGUCAACCCAAUGCUGGAAAAUCAUCUGUUUUAAAUGCAUUAAUGGGCAAAAAAGUUGUCAGUGUUUCAGGAACUCCUGGACACACAAAGCAUUUUCAGACAAUAUUUUUAACUCCCAGUGUUCGUUUAUGUGACUGUCCUGGACUUGUGUUUCCAUCUAAACUCCCUAAACCAUUACAAGUUCUAAUGGGUUGUUAUCCUAUUGCACAACUUCGUGAACCAUAUUCAACUAUCAUGUUUUUAGCUGAAAGAUUGAAUCUGGUAAAACUUUUAAACUUACAACAUCCUGAGCCUGGUGAAAAUGAAUGGUCUGCAAUAGAUAUUUGUGACAGCUGGGCCAUUAAACGAGGUUUUCUAACCGCUAGAGCAGGAAGACCAGAUACAUAUCGUGCAGCCAAUCAUUUACUACGUAUGACACUUAGUGGGAAAAUUUGUUUAGCAUUGAGACCUCUUGGAUUUACAGCUAACAAAAAAUAUUGGUUGUCUUCUGCGGAAAUAAAAAAUAUAUGGAAAAUUAAAGGUAUUGUGGAUGAGCUGGAUACAUUUGAACAAAAUUGUAUAGAUUUAUCGGAUGAUGAGAAAAAACCAUCUGAUCAGACUGAUGCUAGUGAAAUUGAGGAUGAUGGAAGUGAUGAAGAUGAAUCUUGUGAUAGCGAUAGUUCAGAAGUAUGUGGAGCAAUUUCAUCUAAUAAGUUUGCUGCAUUAGAUAUGUCUAAUUAAUAUCAGUUUUAUAAUUUAGUUUUUAAAGAUAAAAUUAAUGUUAAU